GCCGUGUCUGACUUUCUCCACCCUGGCAGCAUGGCGUUUGCACUCAGGGCCUCUCUACGCAGCGCCUGCCGCAUGCAUGGACUGCGCUCUGGACUUGCCGCUCCUACGCUUGCGGCUCCGCGAUUCGGCCUGCGAUGCUUCUCCGACGUCAGGUUCGCCCCGACCCAUGAGUGGUUCAAGGCCGAGGGCAACACUGCCACGCUGGGCAUCUCCGACUUUGCCCAGGGCCAACUUGGCGAGGUCGUCUAUGUUGAGCUGCCCGAGGUGGGCGCCAAGUUCUCCACAAAGGACACCAUCUGCACCUUGGAGAGUGUGAAGGCAGUCGGAGAGGUCUAUGCCCCGGUGGACAUGGAG